UGGACAAAGUUGUUUGACUAUACGGAGCUCUCAUGGCAACUUUUGAUCUCCUCCAAUUCCUAGCAACUUUUCUGUCGGCUCUAGCCCUUCUAGUUUGCAUAACCUCGCAAUACAAGUCGUACAAAUCGAAAAGACUAUGCCACCCCCCGCCACCGCCACAAGCCGAAGGCUGCUGGCCAGUCAUCGGCCACCUACACCUGUUCCACCAACGUCAGCUCACCCACAGGACCCUAUCCAAUAUGGCUGACAAGUACGGACCGAUAUUCACCGUAAAACUCGGCUUGCACAGGGCCCUGGUUGUGAGCAGCUGGGAGUUCGCUAGGGAGUGCUUUACCGUCCAUGACAAGGCCUUCUCCACCAGACCCAUCAUUGCCGCCACAAGGCUCAUGGGCUACAACUGUGCCAUGUUCGGCUUCGCCCCCUAUGGGCCUUUCUGGCGUGAAAUGCGUAGGAUUACCACCACUGAGUUGCUCUCAAAUGCCCAACUUGACAAGAUGAGACACGUGCGGGCCUCCGAGGUUGAGAAUGCUAUCAAGGAGCUAUACGAACAUGCAUCGGAAAGAGGCAGCUCUCCUGUGGAUAUGAAAAGGUGGUUUGGAGACCUGAACCUUAACUUCAGUCUACGCUUUGUCGGAGGAAAGCAUUAUCAAGAUUCCAGGAAGAAAGACCCCGAGUAUUGUCGGAGAUUGGUGAGGGACUUCUUCAACAUGUUUGGUGUUUUUGUGCUGUCUGAUGCAAUCCCUAUGCUUGGCUGGUGGGAUAUGAAUGGGUAUAGGAAGUUGAUGAAGCAAACCGCCAAAGGAAUGGAUGCUUUGGUUGGAGGGUGGCUUGAGGAACAUAAGAGAAGGAGAUUGUCAAGUAAAGAGGGCAAGGAGUUGGAAGAUGAUGAUGAGAAAGAUUUCAUGGGCGUGUUGAUUGACAAUCUCGAUGGAGCCAGCAUAUCAGGUUUUGAUGCCGAUACUAUAAUAAAGGCGACUUGUGCGAAUCUUCUGAUAGCUGGAAGCGACAUUACCAUGGUGGUGCUGACGUGGGCUCUAUCACUGCUGCUCAACAACGGGGAUGCCUUAAGGAAAGCCCAGGAAGAGUUGGACAUCCAUGUUGGAAGGGACCGGCGCGUGGAAGAAUCCGACAUCAGAAACCUUGUCUACCUGCAGGCUGUUAUCAAGGAAACCAUGAGACUGUACCCGCCAGCUCCUGUCCUUGGGCUCCGAGAAGCCAUGGAAGACUGCACCUUUACCUCAUCGGGCAGCAGCUACCACGUCUCAGCAGGCACACGGCUGUUAGUGAAUAUACAUAAGAUCCAAAGGGACGAGCGAGUGUGGCCAGAGCCAGACAAGUUCAUGCCAGAGAGGUUCCUGACUGAGGCCCAUAGGGACGUGGAUGUCAGAGGGCAGAGCUUUGAGCUAAUGCCAUUUGGGUCUGGGCGUAGGGCUUGUGCUGGGAUCGGCUUGGGUCUAGUUCAGAUGCACCUCGCCCUGGCCAGUCUGUUGCAGGGCUUCAAUGUAAGUACGGUUGGGAAUACGAGGGUGGACAUGACAGAGAGCUCCGGGCUGACCAACUUCAAAGCAACCCCACUUGAAGUUUUGGUGACUCCAAGGCUUAACUCCGAGCUCUACAGAUAAUAGACUGAAGAUCCUACGCAAUUACGCGCACUUCUCAACCUCGUACUAAGGUUUUAUAUAUGAGUGAUGUCUGACGGCUCUGAUCUGAAUGUGCAGCUUGAGAGUGCUUUUCUUUCCAGGAACACUUCAUUCAGCAUUAUGUUUGCUAGACUUUCGGGUGUUUCAUUGUUAGAAAAUCGAAAAGUUGUGCGAAAUAAUUUUCAAUAAACUUAAAGUUAUAUUUAAUUUCCGGGAUAUAACUUAAUUUCUUUU